UCACGCCACGUGUCCCCCACUCUCUCUCUCGAUACUCGUCGAACCGCCUUUAUUCCUCCACACAAACUACCUUUAUAUCACCGCAAACCCUAAACCGAAACUUCAAAACAAUUUAAUUCUCAAUUCAGCUCGAAACAAUCAGCAAAAAUGUUAGGGCAAAGCACGAGAAGACUUCUAGGUAUGGGCUUUCUCGGACAGUCCCGAUCACAGGCCAUACAGGUCUUGCCGCGAUUUUAUCACGAGAGGGUCGUGGACCACUACAACAACCCGCGCAACGUCGGAUCAUUUGACAAGAAUGAUCCGACGGUCGGAACUGGGCUCGUCGGUGCGCCGGCGUGUGGCGAUGUCAUGAAGCUUCAGAUCAAGGUCGACGACAAGACUGGGAAGAUUGUUGAUGCUUGUUUCAAGACCUUCGGUUGUGGCUCUGCCAUCGCUUCUUCUUCUGUAGCUACCGAAUGGGUGAAGGGAAAACAAAUGGAGGAAGUUCUAACUAUCAAGAAUACUGAAAUUGCAAAGCAUCUCUCCCUCCCACCAGUUAAACUCCACUGCAGCAUGCUUGCUGAAGAUGCAAUAAAGGCAGCUGUCAAAAAUUAUGAGGCAAAACGUGCAGAAGCUGCACCUUUGGAGAAGGCUGCUGAUGCUUGAUAAUGAUGACAAAAAAAGAGAAGAUCGGAAAACUGGCAAAAGAAUGUGAUCUUUUAAUCUUCUGGGUUUUUUUUUCUCGCCUCGUGUGAUGGCUUUGCACUUAAAUAACCAGGGGCUGUUUGGUUUGUAUCUCAAAAAAAAAAAGACAGUAUUUGAAAAAAUAUUUUGGAAAGAGUUUAAGAAAAUGUUUUUAAAAAUUUUCAUAUUUCAAAAUCUGUUUGGUUAUAUAUUUUUGAAAUUAAUUUUAAAAAACAAAAUUUAUAAAAUUUGUUUGGAC